AACAAAGUAAAAAAUUGAUUAGCGGAUGGUUUUCAAAAAAAGUUGAGAUCGGUUUGCAUCCAUAUCAGCAUAUAUUCCUUCCGCUUUUGUGCUCAGUGAUUUUUUUUGUAAAGGGUAACAUGGCAAAUAUGUUUUUGAGUUUUCGAAAUCCAUCAGAAUCGUGAACAACCGAAACACACAUUGAGAACACAUGUGAGAAUAUUCUUGCUUUGUUGAUGAAUGAUUUUCAACCCGUUCGAUUACAUGAAUCGGUGAUUGUAUAUUUUGAUGAAUUUUUAAAGGCCCGUUCUCAAAAUACCGGGAACCUAUAAAUUCAUCAAAAAUAAUAUAUUGCUGAAUCAACAGAUUUUAGACUAUAAAUAUAAGAGAGCUGUUCGGUAUAAUAUCACUCGAUCACGAUGGCUGGAAAGAAACGGAAGCCUGCAGCAUCGGCUUCUAAGCCAAAGCCAGUAAAGAGGAAAAAAAUUUGUGAAAAUCAAACGAUAAAGAAAAGUGCAAAAAAAGGCUUGAAACAGAAUCGACCAAUGAAAACAGAUGAAUUUCGUGAUUUGAUCAGCGAUUAUGUGCUUGAAAUGACGCGAUGUUUCAUUUUGGGUGCACUCAGUGUUCAUUACUUGAUUUUCACAUUUUUUCAAGUGCGUUGUGAUGGUAAUCGAUACGGUGAAAUCGAAGAUUACUUCAGUCAAUUUGUGAUUACUUCAGUCAAUGAGAACUUCUUCGAUGACUAUUUCUGAGGAACGCAAAAUUUUGAUAGCGACGAUGAAGAUGCCGUAAUGGACUCUGGAUACAAAGUGUCCAGAAUGAUUUACCGUUUGUGUCGUAAAUAUGUCGUGAGAGCUCCAAAAAAUUGAGAGCAUUGGAAAUGUAUUCAACUACAACAAAUUUCAAGAAUAACAUUUGCUAUCACGCAUAUUCUCGUCUUUGGAAGUGUUUUGAGCACUAAAAUGCGACCAAGCAACAGAUCAACGAUACCAUGCAAUAUCUAUUCAAAAAGAAAUCAGAGCGCGUACCAGAUCCGUAUCUAAUUGAAAUACUAAAAAAUGAAUUGCAUCCAAUUCGUUUCGGAGAUGGUCGAGCAUAUUUUUGUGAGAUGACGACGGGAGGCAAUUGGUUCAAAUACGUACCAAUAUUUCUACAUUUGCAACGGUACAUUCGUGAUCACCAACGAAAUAGAGAGGCGGUAUUGCGACGAGGUGAAAGAACAGAGCUCCGUGAUUACAGAAAUUUCACCGUUUUUCCAGUUUCAACGUUUAAAAGACAUCACAUUCGCAUCGAUAACAAAGGUCUUUAUUUCAUGCUGAGAAAGAUCGGAUGCCCACACCCACGGCUCAUUAGACGUGAUGGAACACCAAAGCAGUGCAAGGAAUUGAAAGCCGCUGAUUGGGACGUGCUUUGGCGAACAUAUUUUGACAUUGAUGCCAUCGAAAGAACACCGCAAAAUGACAAUCGUGCCACUAUAAAAUUCCAAAGUUCGAUUCAAACGGAUGGAGUGGCUAUGUCAUUCUGGAUGGAACGCACAAAAUUCGUCGUUGUCAAAGACGAUAACGAAAUCAUGCGGGAGACUCAAGAAAAGUUAUUGAAAGCGCAACAAGUGCAUGGUCUCGAUCCAGGUCUUCGGCUGGUGAUUGGCGGUGUUUGUGUGACAAAUUACAAUGAUCCGAACAAGGAAAAUCGCUGCGAAAAACUCGUUCGAUUGACAUCAGGUCAAUAUAAUCACAUGAUCGGCUAUCGCAAGCGAAAUAAAUGGCGCAAAAAGUUGACUUUCAACAUCGACGAAAAAAUGCGUAUUCACCGAGAAUCUUUUGAUGAGCAACCAGGUCCACAUUCAGACAACAUUAAUAGAUAUGUCGAUCAUAUUUUACGGCAUUUCAAUGAGAAGUUUGAAGCAUACACUGACAAAACUAAGGUUAUGAUUUUGACAACACCGUGUAAAUGCUUACUUACAUUCCAACAAAUGUUGUGAAGUAGCCAACAAUUGUAUGAGGUAGAAUAAAAACUACUUCUCGAAAAAUGUUUAAACACGAAACCUAAAAAAAACUUUC